AUGGUGACUUUCCAUUCCUUCCCCUUUCCCUCCCUUUCCCUCCCAUUCCUUCCCCUUUCCCUCCCUUUCCCUCCCAUUCCUUCCCCUUUCCCUCCCUUUCCCUCCCAUUCCUUCCCCUUCCCUCCCAUUUCCUCCCAUUCCUUGCCCUUCCCUCCGCUCCCCUCCCCUCCCCUCCCCUUCCCUCCCCUUCCCUCCCCUUCCCUCCCCUUCCCUCCCCUCCCCUCCCCUCCCCUCCCCCCUCCCCUCCCCUCCCCUUCCCUCCCCUCCCCUCCCUUUCUCUCGCCUCCUCUCCCCUCCCCGCCCCUCCCCUCCCCUCCCCUCCCCUCCCCUCCCCUCCCCUCCCCUCCCCUCCCCUCCCCUCCCCUCCCCUCCCCUCCCCUCCCCUCCCCUCCCUCCCCUUCCCUCCCCUCCCCUUCCCUCCCCUUCCCUCGCCUCCCCUCCCCUCCCCGCCCCUCCCCUCCCCUCCCCUCCCCUCCCCUCCCCUCCCCUCCCUCCCCUCCCCUCCCCUCCCCUCCCCUCCCCUCCCCUCCCCUCCCCUCCCCUCCCCUCCCCUCCCCUCCCGCCCAUUCUGUGCACAUCUCUCCCCCACCCCCAGUGUCGUGGCAAUCGCGGAAUCCAACCCUCAAGUAUCCCAAAUCUGCAUUGUACGCACGCCCGUAUUCACCCCUUACUGUUGUCCGAUGCAAGUUUGCUGCAGGUGCGAUGAAGCGAGGGGAGGCGCGGCGGGUGGACAUGGCGUACAACGUGGAGGAGGAGGAGGAGGAGGUGGCGGCGGAGGACGCCAUGCGCGAGCAGGAGGCGUGGGAGCGCUCCUACGCCAACGACCGCUCCUGGGAGUCCGUGCAGGAGGACGAGAGUGGGCGGCUGCGCCCGGUGGACGUGGUGGGGCAGCAGCGCAGCGAGAGGGAGAGGCGGCGGCGGCAGCAGGCAGGGCAGGCAGGGCGGGUGGGGGCGCAGCGGGUGAGGCGCGGCAUCAUCCGCUACCUCGUGCUCGCUCUCGACUUCUCCCGGGUGGUGCCGCCCCGCACCAUUGCGCUCUGGCAUGGAUGGAAUGAGGUGCGCGAGUCUCGUGCGAAUGGGCUUCCCCCAGCGCGCCCCCGAGGGAGCAGCGGCGCUGUGCGCCUGCCACAUGCACCUCCGCCUCGCCGCCACCUAUGUGUGCCCCAGGUGCCGGUAUGUGUGCCCCGAGUGCCGGUAUGCGUGCCCCAGGUGCCUCUGUCUCUUCCCCCUUCCCCCCACCCCACAUUUCCCCUGCCGUUCUCGCGGGUGUGUGCGCUGCCAGCGGAGUGCCCUGUGUGUGCGCUCACACUCGUGUCCUCGCCACACCUCGCCCGCUCCUACCACCACCUCUUCCCCGUGCCGCCCUUCUCCGAGGUCCCUCUGCCGCCUGCUCCUAAUCGACCUGCUGGGUCGUCAGCCCCUGCCGCCCCGCACAGCGACCUGCCACCCGCCUGCUUCAGCUGCACUGCCGCGCUGCCUUUCAUCGAGACGGAGGGAGGGGGAGUGCGGGUGGAGUGCCCCACAUGUGCGCGGCACUUCUGCUUCGACUGCGACGUCUUCAUCCACGAGAGCCUGCACAACUGCCCCGGCUCAUUUCAUCGACGCUGGCAAGUCCUUGCCUGUCACGAGGGUCCUGCGAGCAGCAGCAGCGAGGGGGGCACGGGAGCAGAAGCCGAUCAGAAGGCCAGCAGCAGCGAGGGGGGCACGGGAGCAGAAGACGAUCAGAAGGCCAGCAGCAGCGAGGGGGGCACGGGAGCAGAAGACGAUCAGAAGGCCAGCAGCAGCGAGGGGGGCACGGGAGCAGAAGACGAUCAGAAGGCCAGCAGCAGCGAGGGGGGCACGGGAGCAGAAGACGAUCAGAAGGCCAGCAGCAGCGAGGGGGGCACGGGAGCAGAAGACGAUCAGAAGGCCAGCAGCAGCGAGGGGGGCACGGGAGCAGAAGACGAUCAGAAGGCCAGCAGCAGCGAGGGGGGCACGGGAGCAGAAGACGAUCAGAAGGCCAGCAGCAGCGAGGGGGGCACGGGAGCAGAAGACGAUCAGAAGGCCAGCAGCAGCGAGGGGGGCACGGGAGCAGAAGACGAUCAGAAGGCCAGCAGCAGCGAGGGGGGCACGGGAGCAGAAGACGAUCAGAAGGCCAGCAGCAGCGAGGGGGGCACGGGAGCAGAAGACGAUCAGAAGGCCAGCAGCAGCGAGGGGGGCACGGGAGCAGAAGACGAUCAGAAGGCCAGCAGCAGCGAGGGGGGCACGGGAGCAGAAGACGAUCAGAAGGCCAGCAGCAGCGAGGGGGGCACGGGAGCAGAAGACGAUCAGAAGGCCAGCAGCAGCGAGGGGGGCACGGGAGCAGAAGACGAUCAGAAGGCCAGCAGCAGCGAGGGGGGCACGGGAGCAGAAGACGAUCAGAAGGCCAGCAGCAGCGAGGGGGGCACGGGAGCAGAAGACGAUCAGAAGGCCAGCAGCAGCGAGGGGGGCACGGGAGCAGAAGACGAUCAGAAGGCCAGCAGCAGCGAGGGGGGCACGGGAGCAGAAGACGAUCAGAAGGCCAGCAGCAGCGAGGGGGGCACGGGAGCAGAAGACGAUCAGAAGGCCAGCAGCAGCGAGGGGGGCACGGGAGCAGAAGACGAUCAGAAGGCCAGCAGCAGCGAGGGGGGCACGGGAGCAGAAGACGAUCAGAAGGCCAGCAGCAGCGAGGGGGGCACGGGAGCAGAAGACGAUCAGAAGGCCAGCAGCAGCGAGGGGGGCACGGGAGCAGAAGACGAUCAGAAGGCCAGCAGCAGCGAGGGGGGCACGGGAGCAGAAGACGAUCAGAAGGCCAGCAGCAGCGAGGGGGGCACGGGAGCAGAAGACGAUCAGAAGGCCAGCAGCAGCGAGGGGGGCACGGGGGGCAGAGAAGGGAUCAGACGCGCUAGUUUCCGCGACGAGCGCGAGAGACACGAGGCCAGCGAGGACCGCGGCGAGGCCAGCUUGAAGGGCGGAACGCGGGCCGCCGCGCGCCAUGGCGACGAGAGACGGGGUGGUUGGCGAGAGGAAGGUGAGGCUGCGCUGUCGGAAAGUGAAGGGAUAAGUGAGGGAAAAGCGAGGAGGGAAGCUCGUGUGGAAUGGCGAGACAUGGUGAACGCUGGGUAG